AUGGGGAUCCCUGGGCUUAUCAAUGCGAUUGGCACUGGAGAGCGCAUUUCCUUGUCCAGAUUGGCCGUAAAUCACCUGGAACGAACCACACGACCGAUCCGAAUCGCGGUGGAUAUUUCGAUAUGGCUAUUCCAGGUCCAGGCUGGGCGCGGCGGCACGAACCCCGAACUACGCACCUUGUUCUAUAGACUGCUGAAGCUGCUCGCUCUGCCUAUUCACCCGCUCUUCGUGUACGACGGGAAGCAAAAGCCCCCUUUCAAGCGCGGCAAGGCAUCUGGAGGCAGUGCAGGUAAUCUACCGAUCAUUCGGCUGUCUAAAGUCCUGGUGGAUCUCUUCAAGUUUCCGCGCCACGAUGCUCCCGGGGAGGCGGAGGCGGAAUGUGCCAGGUUGCAGACGGCCGGCGUCGUGGACGCAGUGAUGAGUAAUGAUGUUGAUGCUUUGAUGUUCGGCUCGUCGUGGACGGUGAUGAACUUUUCGAAGGAGAGUGGGAGUGGUACUACUGCUGCGACGCAUGUCACUUGCUACCAGAUGGGUGAUGGGGAGAAGAACCUGGCAAACGCCAAACUCGAUCGGGCUGGGAUGAUCCUAUUCGCGAUGCUUAGUGGAGGUGACUAUCUCCCGUCGGGGGUCCCCAAAUGCGGGAACAAGUUGGCCGCGCAGAUCGCGAGAGCCGGGUUUGGUGCAGACCUCUUGGAAAUUAUCAACUCGAACAGCACAAACAUCGAAGCGGAUCUAAGUGAAUGGAGAGAGAGGCUCCAAUUCGAGUUGGAAGAGAACGAGAGUGGUUACUUCACGACGAAGCACAAAGCGGUUCGAGUUCCCGAAGCUUUCCCGGACAAGACAAUUCUAUCAUUCUACGCCAAACCGGUAGUAUCUACACAGAGGGAGAUAGAAGGUUUACGGGACCGUUUGGUGAAUGCUUGGGACCAGGAUCUCAACCCCUUAGAACUGAGAAGAUUCGCAGCGAAUGCUUUUGAUUGGAACUAUCGCUCUGGAGCGAGAAAGAUGAUCAGGCUAUUGGCCGAGCCUCUCGUCUUGUUUAGACUUCGGCUGGGAAAACCAGCAUCUGCAUUUGCCGACAAUGAGCCUAAGCUGUCUGAUGUCGAUGGGCCGAUGCUGCAGAAAGUGUACAAGAGCCGAACAAGCUUCAGCACGGACGGAUUGACAGAGCUGCAGCUACACUUCGUUCCCAUCGACGUUGUUGGCUUGGAUUUGUUCGCCGAGGAACCUAACCCUCCGCUGCCUUCGCAGGAGACUGCGGCGACCGUUUCGGGCGAUGAAGAAGAUGUUCUGGAGGAGCCAGCUGUCCCUCAGUCGCCCGUAAAGAAGCGUGUGACGAAACGAUAUGACCCCCUAGCACCGGAGAAGAUUUGGGUUUUCGAAACGCUGGCCUUGAUCGGUAUUCCGGAGGUGGUGGAAAAAUGGAAAAAGGAGGUCGCUGAGAAGUCUGCGCCAAAGAAGCCCGCUGCCCGAAAGACUGGACCGAGGAAGAAGGGGCCAAUUGAUCCGGGCAUGAAGAGAGGAAGUAUCCUCAAGUACGGAACUCUCACCAAGGAGCGGUCGGAGAUCUCUGAGUUUAGGAACGCUUCACUCUUUGAGGCUGCCAUCUCAGGGACACCGACAAAGAACGGUUCGUCGCUGGGGCAACCCGGUGGCUCAGUUGCGCCUAUUGGUACUGGUACGUCGUACGGGAAUGACCUUGGAUUUCAGAUGCCGGCAUUCAGUCAAGAUCUCGGAUUCGACGACCUCACAGACCGAUUCUCCUUAUCCUGCAAUGUCUCCCCUGAUGCAGGCAUCAAGCGACAUCCUAUGAUGCGUCGGUCUCGUGCGUCUGGAAGAAGAAGAGCCGUUGCGUCUGGGCCGGAGGUUGAGACGGACAUCGCCAGUCCAGAGAUUUUGGAUUGCCCAUCCCCGGCAGCCGUCCCCCGACUCCGGAUGAGUUAUUCAAAUUCUAGUUGCGAGGAGUCAUUGGUAGAGAUUCCAGCACUCUCUCCUGGCUAUAAGACUCGUCGUCCGAAAUCAAAACCUACUACGAAACACCAAGAUAUCUGCGAGGUACAAGAACUGGAGCAGGCCGUAUCAUCAAUCACGAUUGAAGACGUCGAUGACAGCCAAAAACAGAACACUAAAUCUCGCUCUCGUUCUUCAAGGCUCGAACCCGACACUCCGAAAAGAGAGACGCGAAAACCGAAAACCAAAGAGCCCAAGCCAACCAGCCCCUCUCGUGUCCAGAAUCUUCUGGAGAAAGCAUCUCUUGAUAUGCCUUCGCUGCGAAGACAGCAACAGAAAAAGACACAGACACCGGAUGAUGAAACCUUAAGUUCUCAACAAGAGACUACGAAACCAACCUCCUCCGAUGAACAUCAUCCUGCCACUCCUUCGCACCUGGACUCUAUCGUCGUUUGCGAUGGCUACUGGACAAUCGACACCGAUCCGGAAUCUGAGCUGGUCUCAGACGGCAAGAAGCGUGGUAGAAAGCAACGCUUCCGACGCGUCAGCGUCCUGGAUUUAAGAUAA